GUGUGUGUGUGUGUGUGUGUGUCUGUUUGUGUCUGUGUGUGUGUGUGUGUGUGUGCAGGUGUGGCAGAACAGUUUGCCAUCGCUGAAGCCAAGUUGAGGGCCUGGUCCUCAGUUGACGGAGACGACUCCAAUGAUGACUCAUACGACGAAGACUUCCUGCCUGCUAACGAGCCCACAACACAAAGCACAGAUGUGCCCCCGUAUCCCCCCUUCCUGAAGGACUUGAUCCACAGCCAGGUGUGCCAGCACCUGGGUCUGCGAGGGCCAUGCUGUGAGGGUGGCGGUGAGGGCGUGGUCAGUGGCGACCCCUCCCCCAGCGCUGGCUCCCCCAACACCCUGUGCUCCAGCCUCUGCAGCCUGGACGAACACCACCCCCUGCUGCGCGACCUCGGUCACCGCGGCAACCGUCACCAGGGCCACCACGGUCACCACGGUAACAACGUGGCCGAGCUGGCGGCCAAGAUCCUGGCGGUGCUGCAGGGAGGGGAGGAGCUUCUGCUGGCCCGCCUCCAGAGGGCGGGGCCGGGGCAGGGGGGCGGGGACUGUGGGUUCCACAGCGUAGGGGGCGGGGAAGGGAGGGACCGGCCCUGCGGGGGGCAGGACUCGCCGUGUUACUCCGUGUCGUACUCCGACACCUACCUGUCGCCGGGCGAGGACGACGACACCCCCUGCAAGGACUACGAAGGCACCGUGUGCCCGGGCGAAGAAGAGUUCCCCCCCGGCUACGCCACCCGCAGGAAGGUCUCUGAUGUGGCCUCCUCCGGAGUGGUCUCCCUGGACGAGGACGAGGAGGAUGAGGAGGAGAGGGAGGAGAGGGAGGAGAGGGAGAGAGAGCAGGGCAACUGAGGACUCCUCUCUCCCUGUCUUCUUUCUGUGUGCAUCCCUACUGUCUCUCGUCCAUCCGGAGGAACUUCUGUUCUGUUCAUCGUCCCACCGUCUCCACGAUGACGUCUGACACGUCAACCAGUUCGCAUGUUUUUCACGACUUGAACUUAUCUUACUCCAACGUAAACCAUGUGUCCCAGGCCUUACUUGCGACAUUUCACCCCCUACCCCCUCCCCGCCUGCCAAUUUGAUAUGUAUUGAUAUAUUUUUGUCUUGAGGCGUCCAAACAAUCUUUUAUAUCAGUGAGAAUCAGGACAGUUGGACUGUAGUAGGAAAGCCCAGUGAUUGGCCGGUGGGUUCACUAAGAAGCCUACUGGUUGAUCGGGUUGUUUUGGCGUUCCCAUCCCUCAACCAGGAAGUGUGAGACCAUUUCAAAAUGGACGCCAGCCACUGAGGAGGAAUGAACCCAAACAGAAGGACUGACUCUUAAACUCCUGUAAUUCCUGUGCAUGUGUUUUGCAAGUGCUGAAACUAAAACUGUGGGAUGACCCAGUCUUGAGGACGGUUUGUUACUGUCGGCUGUUCCGAGUACGCUCCCCCCCUCCCCGUACCCCCCCUCCCCGUACCCCCACUCCCCGUACCCCCA